CUUGAGGAACUAUGACUGAACAACCAGCCCAGAACCAAGGGUGUUCUGCUGCAUUGGUGCAGACGCCUGAUACUCUGCAUAUUGACCUUCCACAUGUUGAUCCAAAGGAAGUCGGUUUUACAAUCAACAAAUGUUUGAUACAAAUUACCACAAAGCAUUGGGAUUUAGUGACAAAUGGCUUGGUGAGCUGUGUUUUGACCACUGUGCUGGCCAAUUCUUGCAUGGAUCUCAUCCAGAUCUUUGCAGAGACUAUUGUGGAUGUCCUAAUGCCACAGGUCUACAGAUACAAGAGAACCUAUGGCACCUUUUCUCCAUCUGUCCUUGGCCUAACUGAGGACCGAAUCCUCACCUACAUGGGGGAUUCUAUUGAACAGGCACUGGCUGAUGCACUAAAGAUCAAACUCCAGAAUUUUGUGUCAACUAAUGAAUUCUCCAAGUCACUUUUUAGACACAUUUCAAAGACUGUCAACUCAGUCUUGGCUUUGUUCACUCAGACUCCCGCCCUGGAGUCUAGUCUUCCAGUGGUUUUGGUCAGUGGCUGUGUGACUUCCAUUGGAGAACUUACAGAUAUGGUUCGUCAGUUUGCCACCAUACUGACAGGAGCCUUCGAAGCUCAGCAGCGAGCUCAAAAGAUGACUGAAGAUCAGUGGAGCAAGACUGCAUCGUAUGAACCAGGCAGAGAAGUGGAGCCCCCUGUAUUCAAUUUAAAUUCCAGAAGUGACUUAAAGAAAUUAGUGAAGAAUUACAUAAUUCGCAUGCUGAAAGUCCUAAAAAAUGCUCAAAUGCCAAACUGUGAAAUGAGCCCUAGCAACCAUAGAGAUGUUUGUAUUAGAGUUGGCGCAAAUACACACAUUUUGACUGUGGAAGACAGGAAAUCAGAUAGACAAGAGUCUGUCAUGUCCUUCUAUUGUGGUCUGGAUUCCAUACCAGGUGCUGUGCCUGACAGCAACGACACAGAGUCCCAAUCUGAGAGGUGUCCCUUUAGUUCAAUUACAGUGAUUGCUACAACUGAGGACCAUUCUUCUCGUUUAAGUCCCAUAGAGAUUGAGUCUAUUAAGAAUAUAGCUGACGAACUGGUACAAGAUUUGUUGGAAGUAGAUCUGCAGGGGGCUGUGCAGACAGACAGUUGGCUGGAGGUCGGUAAACUAAGAGAACUCACGGACAGAAGCUUUAACGUGGUAAUGAGUGGACGUGACUACCAGAUUCCAUUAGCGCUAGCUGGAACACGCAUUUGUGACACUAUGAUCCACAGAAACCGGAGGCGAAAGAGCGUCGUCGACCCAGACAUUGUUGCUCAUGCUCUUUACCUGAGGACAGCAGAGGUUGUUACUCGUUGUGCUGUGCAGGUUCUCCUUUGGUCAGAACUACACUCAGAGCAGUUGUCUUAUCCAUCUCCACUCGCUUUCGAACAACUGUCUGUAGAUCUUGAGUUCAUGCUUGUAGGACAUGGAGCAGGGGACCAUUUAGAAAUAGUGCCUUUAACUCCUCCGUCUCCUAGCAUAAUUCCAGUGUUGAGUCAAGAAAUCACAUAUGAAGUUAUCCCGGAGCCGCCUGAGCUAAUGCAGUCGCAGUUGCUGGGAGGCAAUGUUCUCGCACCCCUGUGUACUUUGCUGGUUCGUGAGAUGCUUAUCGUCAUCGGUGUUGAAAACAGUGAAAUGAUUAGUGAAGCUGUAAAGAAAGUGAUUCAUCAUCUUCAAGGUGUGGAUCCUAUGCUGUACAACCACUUCUAUGACACCUUGAUGGGUCGGAGUUUCAAAGACAUUUACCAGGCUAGCAUUAGCGACCUCCUGCUGGAGUUUGGUUCAGUAGAUGAAUUGAAGGAGGUUGUAAGAUCAGGUGAUCCCACUUUUGAGAAGGCUAUUGUGAGAGCACUGAGGACACAGCUGGGAAUGCUUACAUAUCCAGAAUGUCAUCGAAACACAGCCAAGAAAACUUCUUUAAGAAGUUAAAAAAACUGUGCAGCAAAAAGAAAAAGUUUAGCGAGACUAGACCUUUCAUCUCUUUGGCCAGGGACCAGGACCGGAGCCAGCCACAGGAAGAAACUUUGACAGACCAAACCGAGCCACGGCAACGCCCACCCAUGAGCAGGAGAGCUGCCUCCACAAAGAAGAUGUUUUCCUCAAUUGCUAGAACACUGGGCAGAGCAUUUGCAGCUUGCAUUUGCCCAGAGAGCCAACGCAGCUUCAGCACAGAGGGGACUUUGGAUCUAGGAGUGGUCACAAGAAUGUGAAGUUCCACCCACCCUCUGUACUGGAAGCAAGGAUCUACUAGGC